AUUACGACUUGUUCUUCAAUUUCUUGCAAUUUCCGUCGUAGACUAACUCCUAACCUCUCUCUACAAUGCCUUUGACUUUCUGCAAUUUUUCACCUCUCUCUCAUCAACACGCUUCUUCCAUUCCCAUUCUUUCUUAUACACCAAAAACAAUCCGAUCCUCAUUUUUUUGUACAUUAUUAUUUCAUAACAAACCAGCAUCCAUUUCCUCUGUCACUUGAAGCCUUAAUCCAUUGCUAUCAGCAACUACAGCUCCAAACUUAGAAAGUUGGUUAAUUAGUUAGUUAGUUUGUUAGGAAUUCUGACACAUGAUUAUAUUCUCUGAAUAAUAUUGUUGUUAUUAUUAAUUUAUUAUUACAAUGGGUUCUAGGCCUCUGUUGUUACCAUCUCCAAGAACUCCAAAUAGUAUUCAAGAGCUUCCAACCAUUCCAGUUUUCUCUGAACAACAAAAGUCAAAGUCAACUUCCUCUGAACACGCAAGCAAUGCUGUUAUAAACAAAAGCAACUCAUCGUCGAUCCGCUCCGGCAGCUCCGGAAGGAGCGGCGGCGGCUCCGUCAAGGAAGUGAGUUUCAGCAAUUCUUCAUCGAAGCCGGUUCGAUACGGCUCGUCAAAACGCGGCGGUGGCGGCGAGUCGGAAGGACUCAGCAUGUCGCAGAAAGAACUGAGAGACGAAGAUGCAAGAAUUGUUUACAUAAACAACCCGGAGAAGACGAACGAGACUCUUCAGUUCGCAGGGAAUUCAAUCCGAACCGCGAAAUAUUCAAUCCUCACAUUCAUCCCUAGAAACCUCUUCGAACAGUUUCACAGAGUUGCGUAUAUUUAUUUUCUCAUAAUCGCCAUUCUCAAUCAGCUUCCUCAGCUUGCAGUCUUCGGUAGAGGUGUUUCAAUUCUCCCUCUGGCCUUUGUCCUGCUCGUUACCGCCGUCAAAGACGCCUUCGAGGAUUGGCGGCGCCACCGCUCCGAUAAAGUCGAGAACAACCGGCUAGCGUCGGUUUUGAUUAACGGAAGCUUCGUGGAGAAGCCAUGGAAGGACAUAACCGUCGGCGAAAUCGUUAAGAUCGCCGCCAACGAAACGAUCCCCUGCGAUAUUGUCCUUCUCUCCACCGCCGAUCCUACCGGAGUUGCAUAUGUUCAGACUAUAAAUCUUGACGGAGAGUCAAAUCUGAAAACUCGCUACGCCAAGCAAGAGACUCAAUCCAAACAGAGGUUUGAUUUCGGUGGAAUAAUCAAGUGCGAGAAACCGAAUCGGAACAUUUAUGGAUUCCAAGCUAACAUGGAAGUUGAUGGAAAGAAACUGUCUCUCGCAUCAUCGAACAUUGUGCUUAGAGGAUGCGAGCUUAAGAACACAAGCUGGGCUUUGGGAGUUGCUGUUUACUGUGGCAGAGAGACUAAAGCUAUGCUCAACAGCUCCGGUGCGCCGUCGAAGAGAAGCCGGCUCGAGACUCGAAUGAAUUCGGAGAUCAUCAUGCUCUCUUGCUUCCUUGUUGCUUUGUGUACGGUCACGUCCGUUUGUGCUGCGGUUUGGUUGAAGCGCCACAAAGACGAGCUUGAUUUGAUGCCGUAUUACCGGAAGCUGAGCUUCUCCAGUGGAAAACCGAAGAAGUAUAAGUAUUAUGGUUGGUUUUGGGAGAUAAUUUUCACAUUCCUCAUGUCAGUUAUAGUUUUCCAGGUUAUGAUUCCAAUUUCGUUGUACAUUUCGAUGGAGCUUGUUCGUGUUGGCCAGGCCUAUUUCAUGAUCAGAGAUGAUAGAAUGUAUGAUAGGGCUACCAAGUCAAGAUUUCAGUGUAGGGCUUUGAAUAUCAAUGAAGAUUUGGGGCAGAUUAAGUAUGUCUUUUCGGAUAAAACUGGUACUCUUACUGAGAACAAGAUGGAAUUCCAGUGCGCCAGCAUCUGGGGGGUUGAUUACAGUUCGACGAAAUCUGGCCUCGAGAUUCAACCUGGUGAAUACUUCACGCAAGUAGAUGGAAAGGUAUUGAGGCCAAAGAUGAAUGUGAAAGUAAAUCCAGAGCUUUUGGCAUUAUCAAGAAGUGGAAUUGAGCAUAAGGAGGGAAAACGGAUCUAUGAUUUCUUUCUAGCACUGGCAAGCUGCAAUACCAUUGUUCCUAUUAUUGUUGAUACCCCUGAUCAUGAUGUCAAGCUGAUAGAUUACCAAGGGGAAUCACCAGAUGAACAGGCAUUGGCAUACGCAGCCGCCGCCUAUGGUUUUAUGCUUAUAGAACGAACCUCGGGCCAUAUAGUCAUUGAUAUUCAAGGAGAAAGACACAGGUUCAAUGUCUUGGGUAUGCAUGAAUUCGAGACAAUUCAGUGAAAAUUUUCGUGAAAGGAGCGGAUACGUCUAUGCUAAAUGUGAUAGAUAAAUCAUCUAACAUGGACAUUAUAAGAGCAACUGAAGCUCAUCUUUACUCUUAUUCCUCAAUGGGUUUAAGAACCCUUGUGAUUGGAAUGAGGGAUUUAAAUGCUUCAGAGUUUGAGCAAUGGCACACUGCCUUUGAGGCAGCGAGCACCUCUUUGUUCGGCAGGGCCGCCAUGCUUCGCAAGGUUGCUGUCAAUGUAGAGAGAAACCUCUGCAUCUUAGGCGCAUCGGCUAUCGAAGACAAGCUUCAGCAGGGUGUGCCGGAAUCCAUUGAGUCUCUAAGGACAGCUGGAAUAAAAGUAUGGGUGCUAACCGGAGACAAACAAGAAACUGCUAUAUCAAUUGGAUACUCAUCAAAGCUUCUAACAAACAGAAUGACUCAAAUCAUAAUCAAUAGCAAAAAUAGAGAGUCGUGUAGAAAGAGUUUGCAAGAUGCCAUUGUUUCAAACAAGAUUGAAGGAGGUUUUGAUGCAAUGACAAGUCAGAUAGCAUUGAUCAUUGAUGGUACUAGCCUUGUAUAUGUUCUUGAUAGUGAACUAGAGGAGCAGUUAUUUAAACUUGCAAGUAGAUGUUCUGUUGUUCUCUGUUGUCGAGUGGCGCCGCUGCAGAAGGCCGGCAUAGUUGCCCUUGUUAAGAAGAGGACAGCCGAAAUGACGCUUGCCAUUGGAGACGGUGCUAAUGAUGUCUCCAUGAUUCAAAUGGCUGAUGUUGGAGUUGGCAUCAGCGGACAAGAGGGCCGGCAAGCCGUAAUGGCGUCCGAUUUCGCCAUGGGCCAGUUUAGGUUUAUAGUUCCUCUCUUGUUGAUUCAUGGACACUGGAAUUACCAGCGGCUUGGCUACAUGAUACUCUACAACUUUUAUAGAAAUGCUGUCCUUGUUCUUGUCCUAUUUUGGUAUGUGCUCUACACUGCCUUCACUUUAACAACUGCCAUAAAUGAAUGGAGCACCACGUUAUAUUCAAUAAUAUACAGCUCAUUACCAACAAUCAUAGUUGGUAUUCUUGACAAGGAUCUUGGAAAAAGGACUCUCCUCAAGUAUCCUCAGCUCUAUGGGGCUGGGCAGAGAGAUGAGGCAUACAACAAGAAGCUAUUUAUUUUGACAAUGCUCGACACUUUAUGGCAAAGCAUGGUAAUCUUUUGGGCACCCCUCUUUGCAUAUUGGAGCACUGAUGUUGAUGUUGGAAGCAUUGGGGAUCUCUGGACACUAGCUGUCGUUAUUUUGGUAAAUUUACACUUGGCCAUGGAUGUCUUCAGGUGGAAUUGGUUGACUCAUUUUUCCAUAUGGGGGUCAAUUGUUGCCACUUUCAUUAGUGUCAUGGUCAUUGAUGCUAUACCCACGUUUCCUGGCUACUGGGACUUCUUUAAUGUUGCAAGCACAGGAUUGUUCUGGUUAUUGUUGCUUGGAAUCAUCAUAACAGCAUUGCUUCCUCGUUUCCUUGUAAAAUUCAUUUGUCAAUAUUACUUUCCCAGUGACAUUCAGAUUUCAAAAGAAGCUGAGAAGAUUAAUGGGAAUCAAAUUCAAAGAGAAAAUUUUGAAAGAGGACAAAUAGAAAUGCUUCCUAUCUCAGAUGUCCCACCAAGAUGAUGAGAAGUCAUCUUUUGUACAAUUUUCCAUUUAUUUUUGUAAAUCUUGCAUAUUCUUUAGGCUACCUCAGGUUAUUUAAUUUGUUGGUUCAUAGAUUUCAUCCAUUACUAUCCGAAGGAUAGAGUUUUGUUAUCACUUCAUAGGGUUGUACCGUGUUGAUAUUGAAAUGUACCAUAAUUGAGUAUA